AUGGACGGGUACUACCACCCGGACGGCAAGCGCGCGGGGGCCAUGGACGCCGACGGCGGCUACUUCCUCGACGAGGACGUGCGGGAAUUCGACAACGACGUCCUCGGGCUCAACAACCUCGAGGCGACGCACAUGGACCCGCAGCAGCGCAAGUUGCUCGAGGUGACGUACGAGUGCCUCGAAAGCGCGGGCCUCUCGAUGGAGUCCGCGGCCGGCUCCGACACGGCCGUGUACCGCCACGGGGUCCGGUGGAUGAUGUCCCGCGCCGCCCGCCACUUCAUCUUCCUCGGCCGCUCCGGCAGGGACAAGCCCGAGGCCCAGGCCCUCGUGGCCAAGCUGCGCGCCGCCGGCGCCUCGGUCGAGGUCGUACGCGGCGACGUGUGCAGCCAGGGCGACGUCGACGCCGCCGUCAACGCCUGCUCCUCCUUCAGCCGGCCCAUCGGCGGCGUGAUCCAGGCCGCCAUGGGCCUUGACGAGGCCCUCUUCUCGCGCAUGAGCCACGGGGCCUGGCACGCGGGCGUCCGGCCCAAGUGGCAGGGGUCGUGGAACCUGGACCGCUCGCUGGCACGCGGCGGCCGCGACGCCGACCUCGACUUUUUCCUCCUCACGUCCUCGGUCAGCGGCAGCGUCGGCACCGCGACCGAGAGCAACUACUGCAGCGCCAACGGCUUCCUCGACGCCUUUGCGCGGCACCGGCGGGGCCGCGGCAAGCCCGCCGUGUCGGUGGGCCUGGGCAUGAUCUCCGAGGUCGGCUACCUGCACGAGAACCCCGAGAUCGAGGCGCUACUGCUCCACAAGGGCAUCCAGCCCCUGAGCGAGGGCGAGUUCCCCCAGGUCGUCGACCUCGCCCUGGCGCCGCCCGGCGCGACCGACGACGACAACAACAACAACGCGCCGGCGCACAUCCUGACGGGCCUGGAGCCGUUCGACCUGCGCGGGCUCAUCAGGAGGGGCUUCGCCGUCGAGAGCGACACGACCCAGGACCCCCGCUGCGGCUUCCUCGCCGCCGCCCUCUUCACCGGCCAGCAGGCCAACAGCAGUAGCAACGGCUCAUCCUCCGGCAAAGGGGUAGACGGCGCUCUCGACCUCGCCACCCCGGCCUGGCUGAAGGCGCUGCCGCACUUUGGGCUCGACAGCAUGAUCGCCGCCGAGUACCGCACCUGGUUCUGGACCGUGCUCAAGGUCGACGUGCCCUUUUUGGACCUGAUGAGCCCCAAGACGCCGCUGGCCGUGCUGGCGGGAUUUGUUGGGGACAAGAUUGCUGCGACAUGGAAGAGAUUGAGUACAGUAUAA